AACUUUUGUUCUCGAGGAGAGAAUCUCACACAUUAGUAGCUGAUGAUAAUUGAAAAUUUAUAUUAACAGGGAAGACCAAAGCUUGGUGGAAUUCCUGUUGAAAUUGCAUAUCUGUCUCAAAAUUAGGGUUUGCCAAUGGCAAUGCGCUUUGCCAAAUUAAUCGCUCUCUCAGAACCUAAAAUCUCCGCAUUGAUUCCUGAAUCCAAUGACGCAGCUAUCGUAUUCUCAAGGCUCGUUUCAACCAAUUGCACAACUCAAAAUACAGGUAUUCUGCUUGUCAAUUACCACUUUCAAUGCAAAAUUAGGUGAGGAUGCCAAGAUGGAAUAUCAAGAUUUUCAGAAAUGGUGCAAUGGAGGAGGAUUGUUUCACAAAUCUGCUUAUAUUGAUCCAAGUGCUAGAAUAGAGGUCGGAGCAGUGGUGCACUCGGAAUCUGUUGUGGGUGCAAAUGUCCAUGUUGGGACAGGAAGCGUUGUUGGACCUGCUGUAACAAUUGGUCAAUCUACAAGAACAGGUUAUAACGUUGUACUGAGUAAUUGCACAGUUGGUGAUUUCUGUGUUAUUCAUCAUGGGGUCUGCAUAGGUCAAGAUGGUUUUGGAUUUUUUGUUGAUGAAAAAGGGCUUAUGGUGAAGAAGCCUCAAUGCUUGAAAGCAAGAAUAGGCAACUAUGUGGAAAUUGGUGCAAGUACAUGCAUCGACAGGGGCAGUUGGCGUGACACUGCAGUUGGGGAUCACACAAAAAUCGAUAAUUUGGUACAGAUAGGUCACAACGUGGAAAUAGGGAAAAAUUGUAUGCUAUGCGGGCAAGUUGGAGUUGCAGGUUCAGUGACGAUUGGAGAUUAUGUGAUAUUAGGUGGAAGAGUUUCUAUCAAGGAUCAUGUUUGCGUAGCAUCAAAGGUCCGGCUAGCUGCAAAUAGCUGUGUAACCAAGAACAUCUCUGAAGCAGGGGAUUAUGGAGGCUUCCCUGCUAUGCCUAUUCACGAGUGGAGAAAGCAAGUUAUCAGUGCUCGCCAAACUUCAAAAGAAUUUUGGCAAAAUAAAAAGAAGAAACCCGUUUCAGACAAGUCUAAUCCGAGUACAUAAUAUGUUCAACUCUGUCACGUUGGAGAGGUUAUGAAGAUCCCCGAGCAGGCGGAUUCAUAAGCCGGAACUGUUUAUUGCAGCUUAUAAGAGGACUCAGUUAUUCUUUAGUCACUCAUUAGCGAGGAUGACUUUUUUCAUGUUCUGUGACUACAUUUUGUUCUUUACAAAAAAGAUUCAGUAAAUUCCUUUCGCAGCAAUUCCUUGCAAAACAAACAAUGACAGAAGAAGAAAAAAAAUGUUCGAUA